AUGGUUCUUAUCACAGGACUCUGUACCUUUUUGUACCACUUGCCUCAGAUUUACAAAUGGCUUCUGAAGCCGUACUACAUCUCCUCGCUGCUCAUGACCGUCGCCUUCCUGGCGGUCCGCAAGGCUCCCGGUGUGUGCGAGCACCUGGCCACCCAGCGAGAGGACGGCAACUCCUGCGACUUCGACUGGAGAGAGACGGAGAUUCUCAUGUUUCUUUGUGCAAUAGUAAUGAUGAAGAACAGGAGAGCGAUCACACUGGAGCAGCACAUAGGCAACGUGUUCCUGUUCAGUAAAGUGGCCAACGUCAUCCUCUUCUUCAGGCUGGACAUCCGGCUGGGCAUCCUUUACCUCGCGCUGUGUGUCGCAUUCGUCAUGACCUGCAAGCCUCCCAUCUACAUGGGCCCCGAGUACAUCAAGUACUUCAGUGACAAGACCAUAGAUGAGGAGCUGCAGAAGGACAGUCGUAUAACCUGGAUCGUUGAAUUCUACGCCAACUGGGCCUCCGACUGCCAGUCUUUUGCCCCCGUCUUUGCCGACCUUUCGAUCAAGUACAACUGUGCUGGACUCAAGUUUGGGAAAGUGGACAUCGGGCGCUACGCAGAGGUUUCAGAGAGGUACAAGGUUAGUACUUCUCCGCUUGCCAAGCAGCUGCCCACACUGGUGCUUUUCAAAGAAGGGCGGGAACUGAUACGACGUCCGAUGGUGGACAAAAAAGGCAGAGCUGUGUCUUGGACCUUCAGUGAGGAGAACAUCAUCCGAGAGUUUAAUCUCAACGAGCUCUUCCAAAAAUCCAAGAAGUUGAACAAAAACCGUGAUUUGAAAGAAGAAGAGGAGCAGGACGUCAGCAACAAGCUGCACCCUGAAACCAUCGACGUCCAGCCGCCCGCAGAGAGCAAGAAGGACCAGUGAGGAGGGGCUUUCGCAGAGGGGCUGCAGGACCGGCAUGACUGCUCAAGUCCAGAAUACGGUGGGACGGAAAAAAAAGUUUCAACCACUAUGAAGGUGUCAUGUGUUCACCCUCCAAGUCCUCACUGCGGCAAAUAAAUAACCAGAAAGCUGGAGCACACUUGCCUGCUGUGACUGGGUCUGAUGCAGUGUGGUCCGAAUGCAGCGCCGCACAACAUGAGCAAUGCUUUUGGUACAUUUUAUUAAGUUAUGACAAAUGCCUUUUUUGUAAUGCUUGUUUGACUACUUUCAGCAACAUCUCAUCACUGUGUUAAUGCAUUUGCUCUUUGUAUUUUGCAACUCGCCUGUUUACUGGUAUCUGCUGUUUGUUUGUUUUAAACCAAAACAUGAAGUUGAAAUAAAAAAGUGUCCAGUUAUA